GACGAGAGCUCGUUUGUUCACGAUCAGAGAGCAGACGUGAAAGUCUGGAGACAUCUCGUUCUCUCAGGGAAACUGUCGUUUCGGUUUGAUUUGAACCACACACGCUCUUCUCUCACAUCUCAUACAGGAAACUGUGUGUGUUUGCUUCUUACACCAAUCUGCUUCUUUGUUGUGAAGCUGUUUACACUUUAGAAACGUGUACACAAUGGAAGUAUAAAGCCUAAGAAGAAGUUUUUAAACGUACUAAAUUUCUCAGGGUUAUGAUUAGAGUGGACAAUUUAAUAAUAUCGUUAAGUGAUAAUAUCAAUAUACAUCUCAGAUAUAUAUAUCGAUGUAAUGCUUCUGCAUUGUUCAAGCAACGUGAGGAAGUGUUACACAAAAUCCAUCAACAUCAGAUGUGUAAAAUGUCAAAUUAAUUGUUUGUCAUUCUCCUCUUAAGAAGAGUUUGAAAUCACAACCUUCCCUCAGCAGAAAAAAAAAAUAAUGGUUUAAAACUUAACUCAAUUAUUGUGAUCAUUUUCAAUAUCGACUGAUAUGAAAAAUGUGUAUCUUGAUAUAAUUUGAUGCAUCAACCAAACCUAUUUCACGGGUGUAAUGCCAAAUCAAUCUGUCUGCAUCAUCCAUAUUCAGAAAAUCAAUAUUUUUUUUUAUCUUACAAAACGAAGCAUGUCACACUUCACAGUCAAGGAUACAACAUGUAUGUUUAGCUAUUUGAUAAAUCACUGAAUUAAUGACUCUAAGUCAAAAUGCUGAAAUGUUAAUGGUUCAGGCCUCUGACUUGAGAAAAAUGUUCUACACAUCAAUAUUUUAUAAAAAUAGAUAGUUGAAAUAAUUAUUCUCCAAUGCAAAUAUCAUUGAAUCAAGUGAUUACAUUUUUUUAAACAAUGUUAAAAAUGGUUAAUUGAAUCAUUGUUUUUCAGUAUGACUGAUUUGAUCCUGACACUCUCUGUGUGCCUGCAUGUCUUUCUUUGUUCUACAGCCGGAAUGGAAGAAAAGGCAAACGGCUCUGUUGACACCAAAAGCCCAGUGGAGAACGGUCAGGUGCCCGACCCGGCCAACUGGGGGGUCGCUGAUGUCGUCAACUACUUCAAAGCUACGGGGUUUGAGGAACAAGCCACGGCUUUCCAGGAUCAGGAAAUCGAUGGCAAGUCCCUGCUCCUGAUGACGCGUAACGACGUCCUGACGGGGCUGUCGAUAAAGCUCGGCCCAGCGUUGAAGAUCUACGAGUAUCACGUGAAGCCACUGCAGACUCAGCACCUGAAGAGCAACGCGUCGUAGCAGCACACGCUGUCCCCAGCAACUCACCUCAGCGACAAUCAACCCGUCAGGAGAUCCCAGGUCAGCUGCCGCGUCGCAGACAACUCUUGUCACCGUGGCCCCAGAACAGGAUUUGAAUGCUGUGUGUUUUUUAAUAAGCAUGGGUUGAGCGUGGAGUCCACUCAGCUGUUUACCCUUUCAGCCAUUCUUAGUUCUGCUGCUUGAGGUAUGUAUUUUAUUUGUGAGAGUGAGAAUAAAUUUGGGGCGAGAGGAGGGGGGGGGGGGGGGGCAAGAAUUGAAUUAAUUUGUUAAGUUUGUUUGAACGUAUUUGUACUUCAGAUGAUAUAGUUGAAAGGUGUGUCUGUUCUGUGUUUCCUGAACACUUUGAUAAAUGCAGACAGUUUCUCUGACGCAUCCCAUUUGCCCCAAACUGUCCACGAAUCGUCCUUUCACAUGUAAUUCACAAUAAAGUUUUUUUAUUAUUUUCAGGACACAACAAGCCACCUUCUCUAUCCAGGCCCGAGGCUCCUUACACAAAAAAAUAUUUAUGUGUGUAUAUAUAUUGUUAUUAUUAUAUUUCCUACCUGUGGUGCUCUCAGCAUUUUGUCACAACUGUAUUGAAGUGUGUAUGACUAAUGUGUAUGUGCAGCAUAACACUGGAGUUUGAAUAUCUGAAGCAAGGAUUUGCAAUAAAUGGUGCUCUUUUCUCACCAAAGAACAA